AUGAAUAGUGAAUUAAAUAUAACAUAUAUAACUCUUGGUGGGCAUGUUGAAGUGGACAAAUACAGGUAUGUUUAUUUUUUGAUGAUGUUCACAGUAUAUAUUCUAAUAAUCUGCAGUAAUUCUAUUAUUGUGUACCUUAUCUGGCUUCACCAAAACCUUCAUGAGCCUAUGUACAUUUUCAUUGCUGCUUUGUUACUGAACUCUGUUCUAUUCAGCACUAAUAUCUACCCAAAGCUUUUGAUUGACUUUUUAUCUGAAAAACAGGUAAUAUCUUAUUCAGCCUGUCUCUUUCAGUGUUUCCUAUAUUACUCUUUAAAUGGUUCAGAGUUCUUACUGUUUUCUUACCAUUAUGACAGAUAUGUGUCAAUAUGUAAACCUCUUCAAUAUCACACUAUCAUGAAGAAAACAACUGUCCGUAUCUUUCUGGGUUUUGCUUGGUUUGUGCCUGCUUGUCAGAUUGCAGUUCCAGUAUCAUUUAGUGCAAAUACUAAACUCUGUAACUUUACUUUGAAAGGAAUCUUUUGCAACAACUCAAUUUACAAACUUCACUGUGUGAGCUUGAGAGCAAUCACUGUGUUUGGUGUGAUUGUCUUUUUCAAUGUUUCAAUUGUGCCUGUGCUUUUCAUACUUUUCACAUACACAAAGAUAUUUCUAAUGACGUACCAAAGCCAUAGAGAAGUCAGAAUGAAAGCUGCACAGACCUGUUUACCUCAUCUGUUGGUUUUAAUCAGCUUUUCAGGUUUGUUUAUAUAUGAUAUCAUUAUAGAUAAACUGGAAUCGGAGUGUCCAGAAACUAUACGUUUAAUAAUGACUUUACAAGUGAUUUUGUAUCAUCCUCUCUUUAAUCUAAUCAUAUACGGACUAAAAAUGAAAGACAUUUAUAAUCACAUCCGGAGGUUGUUCUGUCAAAGAGAACUGCACCAACAUAUCAACAAAUGA